AUGCUCUCGCUCGUGUCCCAACUUCUCCUGCUCGCCACACUUUCCGCUAUUGCGACUGCCUCGCCCGUCAGGCGCGACACCGGAUGCGACAUGACGCCCGGCUCGCCGCUCAUGGUGUGCCUCGGUUCUUACGCCUCGAUUCCGCCAGUUCCGUCGGCGACGGCGAGCGCUGGAAUGGCUGGGUCGUUGGCGGAUGCGACGCAGCUCACACGAAUCGCUAACUGCUGGGCGCGCGGGCUGUACUGCUCAGAAUGGCAGCCGCUCAUGAUUGCCGCCGACAAGGUGUGCUUCCUCGCCUCGAGCGCCUCAUCUGCCUCGCAACCAGUCGAGACUUCCGUCUUCUCUUCCGUGACGGCCGAAGCUUCGCGUGUAGUCACCUCCAUCUGGAACAACGAUGUCGGCACCGCGAUCCCCUCCAUUUCGCAAGACCUCGUCCCGUCAACCUCGUACCCCUCCGGCACACACAUCAGCGCCAGCGCAAUGAGCGGCGCUACAGGCGGCAUGCAGACUGCCGCAGCGGACCGUUCGAAUGCGGCUGAAAGGGUUGCUGGGCGGUCUUGGGACGGUUGGGCGGCGCUCGUUGCGGCGGCGAGCGUCGUUGCCAUCACUACACUGCUGGCAGCGUAG